GCGGACCCGGGGCUGGACAGGACCGCGGCUGUGGGGUCGAGACCGCGCGGCGGUUGAGCGGCGGGCGGCGCCGGCGGGCGGGCGGGCGAGGGCCCGACGGAGCUGACGUGGUUGCCCCUGGUGUUCACAGUGGCUGGACGGAGGCAUGAGCCCCCGGCUACGUGGUUGGGCCCGGUAGCACGCCGUGGGACAGGAGUGUGCCCCGGCACAUGGUUUGGCCCUGCAGCGACCAGAACAGCCCGGGCCGCCACCAUGAUGAAGCUGCUGGUGGCCAAAAUCCUUUGUAUGGUGGGCGUGUUCUUCUUCAUGCUGCUUGGCUCCCUGCUCCCCGUGAAGAUCAUCGAGACGGAUUUUGAGAAAGCCCAUCGCUCCAAAAAGAUCCUCUCACUCUGCAACACCUUUGGAGGUGGGGUCUUUCUGGCCACGUGCUUCAACGCUCUCCUGCCGGCUGUGAGGGAGAAGCUCCAGAAAGUUCUGAGCCUCGGGCACAUCAGCACCGACUACCCACUGGCCGAGACCAUCGUGAUGCUGGGCUUCUUCAUGACCGUCUUCCUGGAGCAGCUCAUCUUGACCUUCCGCAAGGAGAAGCCAUCGUUCAUCGACCUGGAGACCUUCAACGCUGGCUCGGACGCCGGCAGUGACUCGGAGUAUGAGAGCCCCUUCAUGGGGGGUGCGCGGGGCCACACGCUCUAUUCGGAGCCCCACGCCCACACACAUGGGCUGAGCGUCCAAGAGCUGUCGCACUCCAGCCCGCUGCGGCUCCUCAGCCUGGUAUUUGCCCUGUCGGCGCACUCCAUCUUCGAGGGCCUGGCCCUGGGCCUGCAGGAGGACGGAGAGAAGGUAGUGAGCCUGUUCGUGGGGGUGGCCAUCCACGAGACGCUGGUGGCCGUGGCCCUGGGCAUCAGCAUGGCCAGGAGUGCCAUGGCCCUGAGGGACGCGGCCAAGCUGGCCGUCACUGUCAGCUCCAUGAUCCCCCUGGGCAUCAGCAUCGGCCUGGGCAUCGAGAGUGCCCAGGGGGUGCCCAGCAGCGUGGCCUCGGUGCUGCUGCAGGGCCUGGCAGGCGGCACGUUCCUCUUUGUCACCUUCUUUGAGAUCCUAGCGAAGGAGCUGGAGGAGAAGAGCGACCGUCUGCUCAAAGUCCUCUUUCUGGUGCUGGGUUAUGCCGUCCUGGCCGGCAUGGUCUUCCUCAAGUGGUGAACUUGCCCAUCACCCGCCCGCCGGAUACAGGCGGUCCCCCCCACUCCCAAGCAGGGGAGCUCAGGCCCCGGGCUGCCAUCUGUGCACAGAGGGGCCGCGCCCCAGAUCCAACACCCUGAGCCUGGGGCACAGCAACUGCUUUUAAAAAUACUUCUCUUAAAGUUAUUUACCAAAGCUGUGUGGCCAUGUCAUCCUCUGGCAUUGGGAUCUGAUGACUCACACAGGAGGUGGGGCCGGGCAGCCGCAUGGGGUUGGGCUGGGACCCUCCCCCCCCCACUCCUGCCUGCAGACAGGACAAGACCGUGGCUUCUCCGAGCCACUGAGCCCAUCUGGAGGCCUGAGACUUGUGUCCUCUGUUCCCAGCUGGCUCUGUCGCAUGGAGCGUCCAUCCGGCGGUCACACAGGGAAGCUCUGACUCCUGCCACCUGAGGCAGUGCCUCGAGGGGGACGGGCGGGGUGCCAGGUACCUCAGCACUUCCCUCUUCUCUGCCUUCUGCUGUGCCCCCCCCGCCCCCCGCUGCCAUACACUUGGUGGACCCGAGAGAUGCAGAGAUGCGCAGGCAGGGCUAGGGGCCGGCUGGGCCGUUGGUUCUCAGUCCCCGGGGCUGUGGGGCCGGGGGCACACACUGUGAAUCACCCCCUGCAGACGCAGAUGAAGCCAGAAGCUGCCUCAGGGUGCGGGAGCUCAGGGCGCGUGUGGGGCUGGCACCAACCCUGGGCACCGGCUCCCUGGCAACCUUCUGUUCAACUCGCCUGUUGUCCCAGCAACCCCGACGCGGGCCUCCGGGGAUAGGAGCCUGGGCCGAAAGCCUUGCCUGGGGGAUUUUGCCAUCAGAGGUGCUCCGGAGGGAGUGCGGGCCGGUGUGCUGGGCUGGGCUCGGCUCUCACAGCCUCAGCGCGAGGGCCCAGGUGCGUGCCUUCCCAGCACCCUGAUCCCCUUCCUCUGCCUCACUCCUGGCCGGCAGGGCCUCCCGAGCACAGGCCCCUUCUGCCCCGGGGCCCUGGGCUUGGUGGGGCCUCGUCCCCAACUCCAGCCUCGUGGGCGCCCCGGGGGCUGGCCUGCUGCCACCACUCAGCCCCUCCUAGCACAAGGUGACAACCUUUGCCACCACCCCGGCCGCCUUCAGUUUUGUUACAAGAGGCGGGGGGAUCAGGGAUGUGUGUCCGAGAGCCUCAGCUUCUGCUCUGCCUGCCCCUACCCUGUUGCUGCAGAACGGUCAGGCCUGUUGCUAGAAGCUUCUGUCUGACUUGUCCUGGAGACCCAUCUCCAAACCGCACGUGGCCUGCCUCUGCCCUGUGCUGGGAAAGUGACCCCCAGGGUGUGGGGACAUCAUCCUUUCCAUUGUGUCCUGGGUUGUCAGCCUCGGCCUGCCCCCCGCUUCACUCCACUCAGGAACUGGAAGUUUCCACCCACUUGGCCUUUUCCCUGAGUGGGCGGGUCAUUGCGGAGCCACCAGGUUCUGUAGCCUGCCUUCAUCGGGGCUGGGGUCGUCUCUGCUCCAAGGACCCUAGCUCCAUACGCCCUGUCGCUGCCAAAAGCACACACACCACAGGGUCCCUACCCUCCUACCAGCCAUCAGCUGACUACCCCCCUGCCCCCACUGAUGUCUCCAAGGCCAUGUCCCCCUCACUGUGAGCACACUUCCUGACCAGUAGGCCCAGGAAGGGCACCACCACACCAGCAAGGAGCCUUUGGUCAUGGAAAGGCCCAAGGGCCCCUCUGCCAGCCCCUCAGCCAGACGUCACCACUUCCCGAGUCCCCAGCGUCCUCAGAUUCUCUCCAUCUGCUGGGCUGUGGCCAUUCCCAGCUGACCUGCUCUCCCUAGGGUCCCAUCAGCCCCAGCAAGCUGCUUCCAGGCCCCCUGAGGAUGCUGGGACCCCAAGAGGUUUGAGGGAGCUGUGUUGUAGAUGAGGACACCUCCGGCCACCCCUUUUGUCUUCUGUGCCCAGUGGAGCAAGGGUCAGCCCUGGGACCUGCUUCCACAAGCUGCCGUGGUUGGCCAGCCGUGGGGGUGACGGUGCCUUGGUCUUGGUCUUGGUCAGCUUUCCCCGCAUUGGGUGAGGAUCAGACCAUCUCCGCACCGAGGUAGGAAGAGUGGCUGUUUUGCCCUCCGACGGAAGCCCGGGGAAACGGCAAUCACUCCUGAGGUUUCCUGGGCUCUGGUGGCCAAGUCUGGUCUAGACCAGGGUCUUCUGAGGCCUGCCCGGGGCUCCAUCCCCCACCAGCUCAGACACCGGAGCACUGCCAUGUGGUGACAGCAGCUUUCCUAUGGAUACGACUGGAUCGAUCACCAGUUGGCCCUGGACCAGCCCCUGCAAAAAACUGGACAUCAGCCAUGAAAGGCCAUCUGUGUGCAACUUUGUGAUCCUAAGGAGAUGUCGUGCGGCCUGCUGCCACAGAGAUCCCUGCCUUUUGGGGGGUCUUCUCACUCCGUGGUUCUCAGGGGUGUCCCCCAGGGCACACCAGGCGGUGUCCGAGGACGUCUGUGGUGGUCACACUGGGGUGUCACCGCUCUAAUUCCUAGGAAGUGACAGUGGGUUCCACGCAGAGGGCAGUUCGUUCUGAGAUCCCAUAUGCAUGUUGGAAAGAGAGGAGGCGGGCAGAUGCCUGCUGACGGACAGCCCGGCACACUUGGCAAGGGCCGGAGGCACGGCUGCUGCAGCUUGGAUGUGAGGGUGCCCAGAGAGCACACACUGCUGUCUGUUUGACAAAACCAAGCCCUCCGUACAGAACACCAAACACCAACUCUGUCCGUAUGGCCGUGGCUGGGUCAAGGCCACCCCCAGCCACCUGCUCGGCCUAGGCUUGUCCCAGCCCCCAGCAGGAGGGGUCCUGGGUGGGCAGGAGGAGGUGGGGGUGCCCUGGGCUGGGGGCACCAUUCUGAGCUCUGCCAGGAGGAGAAUUACCUCAGACGGGUCUCCCGUCGUCAGCCCUUUUCCUCCACCGGGAGGUCCCUGGGCCAGGCCUCAGCCCUCCAAGGUCUGCUCUGAGUGGGGGCUCAGGGCACAGGCGACAGCUGGAUGGAGUCAACCACAUUCCCCUCCUUGAUCUGGAGACAAAGGGGGAAAUUAAGAGGCCUCGUGGAUUGAAUCAACCUUAAUAACAGUGUGUCGGGGCUUCUGU